AUGCUCAAAGGCGUAAAGCAGCUCUGGCCAUCGUCUGGCGCCGGCGCCGGCGCACAGCAACAGUCCAACGAUAACCCGGGUCAGACAUUGUCGCCCUCCAAUUCCUUCCAGAGCUUUGGCGGCCCUGCUGACCAAGCAACGCCGCGCGCCUCGGUCCAAGCCAACCCUUUCGACGCGCCGAACCACCAGGCUCCGCAAGCCAUUGCUGGUAACCACGGAGGCUUAGCCAAGGCUACGUCAGCGCUCACGCUGUCCGGCUCGCCCAGCGGCGGCAAUGCCGGCUUCCGCACACCAACCACCGUAGGCUUUGCUCCGAUGGGCACACCCGGCGCCGCGCCACCGACUACCCAGGUCACGAUCGGUGACACCCUCGGCGGAGCCGGUGGCGUGGGCGGCUUUGGCCUCCACGAGUCACCCAGGAUGCUCAAGGCGUUGAACAACAACGGCGCCAGCGGGACGCGCACCCCGCAGGACGGAACGGCGACGCCCGACGACCCAAUGCAGCCCUCGCAGUCGAUUCGCGGCACGCUCAACGUCAAGUUGAUCCAGGCCCGCGGGCUCCACGUCAACACUGACCAUGAACCGCAGCCCUAUGUGGUCAUGCAGUUUGAGCAGAACGAGUUUGUUUCGCGCACUCCGCAGCCAGUAUCGCACCCGUCACAUGUUCCCUUUACCCAGUCGCAGCCGCAGCCGCUGGGACGUACGUCGUCUGGAGGACUUGGGUCCAUUACUCGGGCAUUUGCGGGCGCGAUGGGCCGUGGAAAGGGCAAGGAUGGCGCGCGUACCCCAAAGCCAGAGGACGGAGGCGCCGGUUCGUGGUUUGGCAAACCUGGGCCAGGCGACCCGAUUUGGAAGGAAGAGGUCACUUUUGACCUCACCCAGUCGUCGUCCGUCGUCCUUGUGUCCAUGUAUGACAGGAACCAGGCUGGCGAGGGCUUCCUCGGCAUGCUGCAGAUCAAGCCUACGCUCAAGGACGGCUUUGCUGUCGACCAGUGGUACAAGCUGGGUACACGUGGCUCGGAGCAGGUCACAGGCGAGGUGUGGAUCCAGAUGACCUUCACUGCGGCGAGGACCAAGCUCCAUCUCAAGCCCAGCGACUUUGAGUUCCUCAAGCUCAUCGGACGCGGCACUUUCGGCCGAGUGUUCCAGGUGCGCAAGCGCGACACGAAGCGCAUCUACGCCAUGAAGGUGCUCUCGAAGAAGGAGAUUGUGGCCAAGAAGGAGGUUGCGCACACCAUCGGCGAGCGCAAGAUUCUCCAGCGCUCGCUCGAGUGCCCGUUCCUCGUCGGCCUCAAGUUCUCGUUCCAGACCGAGAAGGAGCUCUACUUUGUCACCGACUACAAGUCGGGCGGCGAGCUCUUCUGGCAUCUGCAGAAGGAGGGCCGCUUCUCUGAAGACCGCGCCCGCUUCUACAUUGCCGAACUUGUGCUUGCCCUCGAGCACCUGCACAAGUACAACAUUGUGUACCGGGAUCUCAAGCCGGAGAACAUUCUCCUCGACGCCACCGGCCACAUUGCGCUUUGCGACUUUGGCCUCUCAAAGCCAGACCUUACCAACGAUCAGCUCACCAACACGUUCUGCGGUACGACCGAGUACCUCGCUCCCGAGGUGCUGCUUGACGAGAAGGGCUACGGCAAGCACGUCGACUUCUGGUCGCUUGGCGUGCUCUUAUUCGAAAUGUGCUGCGGCUGGAGCCCAUUCUACGCCGAGCAGACGCAGGAGAUGUACCGUCUCAUCUGCUACGGCAAGAUCCGGUUCCCGAAGCAUGUUAUUGGUGAUGACGGCAAGCAGUUCGUCAAGGGCCUGCUCAACCGCAACCCUCAGAACCGUCUCGGUGCCAAGCGUGGUGCCGCCGAGCUCAAGGAGCACCCGUUCUUCAAGUCGAUCGACUGGGACUUGCUCUACAAAAAGCAGAUCACUCCUCCUUUCAAGCCGAUUGUCGACUCGGACGAGAGUGUGGCCAACUUUGACCCCGAGUUCACAAACUCGACCCUCGAGGAGGCUGGCAUCAACAUAUACGAGGACGAGGACUACAUGCCGCAGCCCGGCCGACACUCGUACGUCGGUCCUGGCGGCAGCCUCUCAAAGCCGUCGGGCAUGGGCAUGGCGAUCAACAAGUCCAAGCCUCCGGCGCAGGCGAUCAACGGCUCCCCGUUGACGAGCUCGGUCCAGGAGAACUUCCGGGGGUUCACGUACACUGGCGAGUCACUUGUUCCGCAAUCCUUCCUCGGCGAGCACGGUAUGGACUACGUCGAGGAGGAGGACAACGAGGAGGCCGUCGAGGACGACGACGAGUACUCUGACGAGGAGAGCAUGGAGGGGCAGCGCACUCGCCGACAGUCUGAUGUCGAGAUGGAGCAUUAG